AUGGGCUCUGGCUGUAGCUUCUCUGCGCGGCUGGAGUUCGUGCUAGGGCCAUUGCUCCUACUGCUGGUGGGCAGAGAGCUGGUGGGGGGAUAUAACGCCUCGGACCUCAACACUCGCGUCUUACUCGCUUCGGAGGGCGGCAUCCACCGGGAAGCUAGUUUCCAGGACUUGUCACCUGUCAAACUUCACUCCUCCUCAAGCUCCCGUAACACCCCCAUAAAGGAAGGUAUAAAUAAUACAGUAGCCAAUGAGGUAGAAUUCGGAAUGUGCACAGUUACAUGUGGCAUUGGAAUUAGAGAAGUUAUAUUAACAAAUGGCUGUCCUGGAGGGGAAUCAAAGUGUGUUGUUCGAGUGGAAGAAUGCAGAGGACCAAUAGACUGUGGAUGGGGAAGACCAAUUUCAGAAAGCUUUUCUAAGGUGAAGGUUGCUUGUGUUUAUGUACCACCAGAGAACCGUUUCAGGUAUACUUGGAAAAUGCUCAUUCCAGACCAGCAAGCUGUUGUUCUUCCCAAUGACUCAGCUGUCCUUGAAGUAAACCGGGAAACUCAUCCUGUAGCAUUCCAGUGUGAUACAUCAGAAAACAAUGAAAUAAUUGCCUCUGUGAAGUAUACUGUAUAUACCACGGAUGAAUUACAGACAAGAAGAUUAAGCAGACCAGACACUGAUAUAGUACUGAUAUUUGUCCUGAUCACUGGUGUUAUUGUUUGUAUUGGUGUGAUCUUUGCUUUAGUCUUCAUAAUUAUUCACUGGGGUUCUGUAAAAACAUACUGGGCAACAAAAGGCUCUUUUUCAGAGAUGCAAUCUGAAGAGAGCUCAGUAAGAUUCAAAGAUACACCUUCUAUGGAACCAUUGCCAACAGAUACCAUGGGGGCUGAAGAGGAUUACUUGACUGAAUGGAAUGAGUAA